CCUCCUCUUGAGGAGUUUGCUAUUACCCUGCAGAAAUAUCUGGGAUUACCCAAUUCUUUUUCCUUCAUUCAGUCAGCUGACUCGGCAACUGCAGAAACCCAGGUGGUGCCUCUCAUCUGUAAUCUACUUCAAAAUCUUUCUGCAGUGACAUUUCAUCAUCGCCAUGUCUAAUAAUGAAGGAAAUGGAAAAGCUGAGAGCCAUGAGGUCACCGAAAAGGGACAACAGUGUGUCAUACAAAGGCUAACUGAACUGCCCCUGGUCAGCAUUACCUGCGAGAUCCUUUCCACUACUUAUAACUCUGCGAAGGGGUCCCAUCCAGCUAUCCAUGCAGUCUGUGAUAUGGCAGAAGUUGGACUAAAGAAGAUUGCCUCCUCGGCAGUGAGCGGUGCACAGCCUGUCCUGAAUAAACUUGAACCUCAGAUCGUUUCAGCAAAUACCUACGCCUGCCAGGGCCUUGACAAACUGCAAGAGGCUCUGCCUGUUGUGCAGCAGACUAUUGAAAAGGUAGUACUGAAUGCCAAAGGCCUUGUCCAGGGUGCCAAGGAUACAGUGUCAGGUCUAGCAGGUGGGGUCAAAGAGGCUGCCCAGGAGAGGAUGAAGGUGGCCGUGUCUGCAGUGGUGGUUGGCAUGAACACCGUGAUGGAGGGCAAUAUGAAGCAGAUGGUGACGAGUGGUAUUGACCACAUGAUAGAGGCAUCUGUGGAGAUGAUAGAAUACUACCUGCCAGUAACAGAUGAAGAACUAGCUGCCCUCGCAGCCUCUAUGGUGAUAAACAACCCCGAAGAAGCUGCUGAAACAGCUCCUGUCAAAAAGGAGAAAGAAGAGGAGAGUUACUAUCGGCGCCUGGGCGCUCUCUCGGCCUUUUUCCGACACAGAGUCUACCAGAGUUCUCGGGCAAAGAUGCAAAGGAUCAAGCAAAGCACACAGGAGAUACUCUCCCAGUUUCAAGAAUCUGUUUUGUUGAUAAAGUACACCUUGCAGUCUCUGGAUAGGCAACUGAAUCCUAAAGUUGCUAAUCACCAGAAGGAAAUGGAACCAAUCUUGGUGGAGUGGAAUGGGAGUCUUCCAAUGCCAAGCCAGAGCUACGAAGAGAGUCUUUUAGAGGCAGAAUCGCAGGUUCUAAGCUUGACCUAUGGCAUCAGCCAGCAGAUGCGGAAUAUCUGCCAGACAUUCUUGGGUAACGCGCGGGGCCUCCCUGUUGAUCUCCUAGAAAAAGUGCAGCAAACAUAUAACAGCAUGGAAGAGCUGCAGGCAACCCUCUCCGGUGCCAGAUCCUUGAAGGACCUUCCCAGUGGUAGCCUGAAGGAGAGCCAGGAGAAGAUUGGGAAGGCCCAAGAGACCAUAUUUGAGACCAUGGAAUACGUGAUUUUGACAACAUUGGUGGCUGGGUCCUUUUUUCCUGCUCAAACCUCUAUGGAAGAAUCUGAAAAGGAGGCAAAGGCAGAGGCCUAAAAGAGUGUCAGAUGUGGGGUUCUGCUUGGAAGUUGUCUACUUCUCUUGGACCA